CCUUUGCUUCCCGCGCUGUGUCAUCUCCUCCGUGAGCGUGACAGCGAGUGCGGAGCCGCCGCUAGCCGCACGUGCUAAUCGGGCCUCUCUCUCUCUCUCUGUGUCUCUAGGUGCCUGCUGCCCUGGCCGCUGCCACCGCCAUGGCUCCCGUAGCGACAGAACUGAAACUUGGUAAAAAAAUUAAUGAAGGUAAAACAAAAGAAGUCUAUGAGUUGCCAGAUCUCGCAGGCUGUGUGCUGAUGCAAUCAAAAGACCAAAUAACAGCAGGAAAUGCAGCAAGAAAGAACCAGAUGGAAGGAAAGGCAGCAAUUUCCAAUACAACAACUAGCUGUGUGUUUCAGCUGCUACAUGAAUCUGGAAUCAAAACUGCUUUUGUCAGAAAACAUGGCAACACAGCGUUCAUAGCAGCUCAAUGUGAAAUGAUUCCAAUUGAAUGGGUGUGCAGAAGAGUUGCUACUGGUUCUUUCCUGAAAAGAAACCCUGGUGUCAAGGAAGGAUACAAGUUUUACCCACCCAAAAUUGAAAUGUUUUACAAGGACGAUGCUGCUAAUGAUCCACAAUGGUCUGAGGAGCAGCUAAUUGAAGCCAAGUUCUGCUUUGCUGGACUUACUAUUGGACAAACUGAGGUGGAUAUUAUGGCCCACUCUACACAGGCUAUUUUUGAGAUACUGGAAAAAUCUUGGUUAUCCCAGAACUGCACUCUUGUAGACAUGAAGAUUGAGUUUGGUGUUAAUAUAACUACAAAAGAGAUUGUCCUUGCUGACGUUAUUGAUAAUGAUUCUUGGAGGCUGUGGCCAUCAGGAGACCGAAGCCAGCAGAAGGACAAACAGUCUUACCGUGAUCUAAAAGAAGUGACUCCUGAAGCGCUGCAGAUGGUUAAAAGAAACUUUGAAUGGGUUGCAGAAAGAGUGGAGUUGCUGCUGAAAACAAAGAGCCAUGGUAGAGUUGUGGUGUUGAUGGGAUCAUCUUCUGAUCUUGGUCACUGUGAAAAAAUUAAAAAGGCAUGUGCAAACUUUGGAAUUCCUUGUGAGCUACGAGUGACAUCUGCUCACAAAGGACCAGAUGAAACUCUGAGGAUCAAGGCAGAGUAUGAAGGUGAUGGAAUCCCUACUGUGUUUGUGGCGGUAGCUGGCAGAAGCAAUGGCUUGGGACCAGUGCUGUCUGGUAACACAUCAUAUCCAGUUGUCAACUGUCCUCCUCUCUCAGCCGAUUGGGGUUCUCAGGAUGUCUGGUCUUCUCUUAGACUGCCGAGUGGUCUUGGCUGUCCUACUAUACUCUCACCCGAAGGAGCUGCCCAGUUUGCUGCUCAGAUUUUUGGAUUAAGUAACCACUUGGUGUGGGCCAAGCUGCGCUCAAGCAUGUUGAAUACGUGGAUCUCCUUGAAGCAAGCUGACAAAAAACUUAGGGAAUGCACCUUAUAAAUAACAUGUUAAAAGGAAAGUAAUGCAUACCUUAUAUUGGCUAUGUAAAAAAUAGUACCGUGUGCAAACUGUCUGCACGCUAGGAUCUUCAUGUGGAUCAGUUGGAAAUCUUCAACCCUUUGUUGUAUAAGAUGAUACAUCUUGUAUGGUAGAUGAGUCUCUACUAUUGGUCUCGUUUUCUGUUUUUUAAUAAAUGAAAGCAUACAGGAUAGUUUGACUUGCUCACAAUUAUGUUCUGCUUUAGUCCUUGUAUACUGCUUUUAACUACAGACUACAUAAUAGCAAAAUGAAGGUUUAAUGCAAUGUGCACUGGAAUUUAAUCAGUUUUCCCUAGCAGCAUUACUACAGAAUGUUACUGAUGAAGCUUGGAUUUACUAACUCCACUGAGUGGACUGCCAAUCCAGAAGAGAAAAUGUUUGCUGUUCUGCUUGCAGUUAUGAAAAUAUGCUCCCUAAGCAACAACAUAGCUGUAGAUUGCAGUCCUAACUGGAAGACGGUUCUGGAAUGGACUCGGACAUCCAGCCUCCCUCUCAGAGAUUGUAAAAGUGUAUAGAAGAAAGCCAGCCAUGUCACAAGAUAAACUAACAUCCUAUUUCAAUAUUUCCUGAAGCAAUGUCCUCAUAUUAAUAAUGCUCCUUAUACAGCAGUAGACAAGAUUAACUCCGAGUAGUAAUCAUGAGUUCAAAACUGACUUGUAAGCCUUUUGUCCUCUGUUCAAGUACAAGGAGUUCUUUAGUUCUGCUUUAAAGAGCCUCUGAUAAGAUCAUAGAAGGCUACAUUUUUAGAAAAAGUUGGUUGGGGUGUGUGCGUCUUUCUCCCCUUAUUUUUAUAAGAGAAAAAGUUGGUUGCUUAGGAAACUCUCAUAAUAAAAGGUGGAAAUAAACAAUUAAGUGAAAUGAUAUUUAAGCAUGACUUUUUCCUCCAUGAAACUAUUGUUUUCUAAUUAGGUUAGCUUUAUUACAGUACUGAUUCUAACAAACAUGCAAUUUCUCAACUAAUAUAAUAGCAUAUACUUUUAAAAUUACAAAUCGUGUGUUAAAUUCCAA